AUGCCAGUGUUCUUGAGAAGUAUUGAAGAUGAACAGGAAGAUCUGAAGCAUUUAAGGAUUGUUUUGAUUGGGAAGACGGGAAGUGGAAAGAGCGCAACAGGAAACACAAUACUGGGAAGAAAUGAGUUUAAAAGCCAAUCAAGCUCAGAUUCAGUGACGACUGUUUGUGAGAAGAGAGUUGUUGAAGUUAAUGGACGAUCUGUCGCUGUUGUUGAUACUCCAGGUCUGUUUGACACAAACACACAAAAUGAUCAAGUGGUGGAAGAAAUCAUAAAAUGUGUUUCAAUGUCAGCACCUGGACCUCACGCCUUCAUCAUUGUGUUGAGUGUUGGAAGAUUCACCAAAGAAGAAACAGAGACUAUAGAUCUGAUAAGGAUGUGCUUUGGUCCUAAAGCUGCAGAGUUCAGCUUCGUUCUGUUUACAAGAGAAGAUGAUCUUAAGGGUAAAUCUAUAGAGGAUUAUGUGAGAGAAAGUAAAUCUGCAGAUCUGAAGAAACUGAUCCGAGAUUGUGGAGACAGAUAUCUGGCCUUUAACAAUGAAACACAAGACAGAACUCAAGUGACGAAACUGAUAAAGAUGAUAGAAGAGAUGAAAACAACAAAUCACGGCAGAUAUUUCACUAACAGCAUGUUUGAAGAGGCAGAGAUGAGCAUUCAAAAGAGAAUGGAGGAAAUACUGAAAGAGAAAGAGAAAGAAAUUCAAGCAGAAAAAGAGGAAAUAAAAGCCAGACAUGAGAUUGAAAUGAAAAGCAUGAUGAAGAGAUUGGAGGAAGAGAAAAGAAAAGUAGAUGAGAAAAGGGAGCAGAUGGAAAAUAAAUUUAAGCAGCAGGAGGAAACUCUGAGAAAAGAAUUAGAGGUGAAAGAGAAAACAGAACAACAGAAACGAGAGAAAGAGAAACAGAAACGAUUAGAGGAGGAAAAACAACAAAGAGCUGAAUAUCUUCAGAAGAUAGAAGAGAUGAAGAGAGAGAAUGAACAACAGAGAUCACAGUAUGAAGAGAGAGAAAAACAGAGAGAAGAGGAGGAUAGAAAGAGAGAAGAGAAAUACAGACAAGAUCAAGAGAAGGUGAAAGCUAAAGAAUAUCUCAUCAUACAGUUACAAAAGAAACAAAAGAAGGAGAAUAAAAUUAGAGAUUUAGAUGAACAGAAGAGAAAGGAACAAGAAGAGAUCGAGAAACAAGAAUGGGUGAGAAAAAUAAGAGAAAAUGACAGAAAAGAGAUUCAAGAAGAAAUUAAACGACAACAGAGAGAAUGGGAGGAGGAAAAGAAACAACAGAUGAGAGAGAGAGAGGAAGAUAAGAAAGAGAGGAGAGAGAAACAUGAAGAACAACUGAGAAAAAAACAAGAAGAACUGGAGAAAACCAGAAAGAAAUUUGAAAAAGAGAGAGAUGAAGAAAGACGACAGAGAGAAGAGGAGAGACAGAAAGAGAGACAAGAGAGAGAAGAGAAAGAGAGAGAAUAUGAAGAGAAGACAAAUGAAAUGAUGAGACAUUAUGAGAAACUGGAGCGAGAGAGAAAAGAGGAAGAAGAAGAGAGAAAGAUAUGGGCGAAAAAAAUUAAGGAUAUAAAAAGAGAAAAAGAAAAAGAGAUGAGAAGAAUAGAAAGAGAAAGAAAAGAAAAAGAAGAAAAAGAGCGAGAAGAAAUAAAGCAGGAAUAUGAACAGAGAAUAAAAGAGAUGAAGAAGAAACAUGAAGAUGAAGCCAGAAAACAAGCAGAGAAAUUGAAUGAAUUCAGAGAGAAAAAUGAGCAAUAUGUUCAAGAGAUUAAACAACUGCUGGAGGAACGACAGAAACAACAUAAAUUACUGGAGAAACUUUAUCAACACUUAAAACAACAGAAAGGUGAAGAAAUAAAACAGCUAGCGAAAGAAGUUGAAGAGCUGAAAAAUAAAUCACGCUGUGCCAUUAUGUGA